CCCGUCAGCGUCGAGCACGACGCGACCUACUGCAUCGACGGCCCCAUCUGCAGCGGCUCAGGCGCGUCCCCCGCCGGCUCGCUCUGCCCCGUCAAGGGCGACGCAGCCAUCGCCGACUGCCACUCGUACCUGGCCAGCUACACGGGCGGAGAGAGCUGCGUGCUGCCCGUGGACGCGACCUGCCAGGUCAUCAAGACCGGCGCCUGGGGCUGCGUCAUCCCGGGAUACCCGACGCCGGCCCCCACCACGUACGAGCACGCCACGCCCGCGCCGACC